CAAUGGGUUGCUCGCUGCUCACUUACAGGAGAGAACAUGUUCCCCAAAUUUGAUGGGGGAAGGUCGCCAGCGGGACUCGCAAAAUCUGCCGCCUUCUUAUAUUAAACGCCACUACGUAAUUGAACCUGCCCUCAAACCCACCUCACUCGCCCGGGACUCGUCUUUUUACUUGAUACUCGGUCAUCUCCUUCUUCACAACAUGGCCUCCAUGAGGACAGCGGGGACGACCUCAACAUGACAUCCUCUGUGGCUGGUCCAUCUAGGCCUGGAGUGACAGGAAGCACAGCUGGCAGUGCUGGCGCUGUGGGAGUGUCGAAUGGGUCUUAUGAAGGAGGCGUGGUCGCACCUCGACGUCGAGCUUUUGGCGCUCAAGCUCAAGCCAGAGGGCACGUCGUAUCACCUACAAACUCUACAUUGACCUUGUCUUCUGCUUCCACUGUCCCUGUACCACCAGUACCCCCUCCAAAGCCUAAUAAUGGUCGACCUUCAUCUCAAAGCUCAUCCGCAUCGUCCAUCCGAUCUCCUACUCCGGCAGCGGCAGCGGCAGUAGGAGGAGUAGGAAGCGGUGGUCUUCAAAUACCUUCUACGUCCUCUGCCUCUGCGCUGCCUUCCUCACCGCCAGAUCAAUACGAUGUCACGGGGAUGAGUCCUUUUGGAGCAGGCUCAAGCCAUCGACGUUCCGCUAGUUUCACAGUCGAUGGCGUGAACAAGGCUCAAGCUUGGUUAUCCACCUGGGCGCCAAGGGGUGAAGGCAGAGGAAGAGCCUUUGUCAACAGUACCUUGAAUGGAGUGGCGGGUGUCGCGAGUCAAGUAGGACAAGAACUUCAUGGAGCCUUUGGCAACUUUCAUGUGGGAAGUCCUAGCGCGUCAGCAGGAGGGUCUACCGCUCCUCCUGGUCAACUUCCAGGUCAACAGCGUGGACCGAGUCCAAGUUCUAGUGCUUCCCCUCCGCCUUUACUCCAGACCUCCUCGUCGGAUCUUGGGACCUCACCUUCUGACCCAAUGGUAGCUCGAUCUCCUCCUGGUCCUACGCAUACUUCCUCUACACCCACUAUUCCAACUACCAAAAGGGUUUUACAGCCCGCCAAUAUGUCCCGUCUAGGUACUUCUUCACCUGCUUCACCUCCACCUCCGGGAUCCAAUGGAUAUAUCUUGAGACCAUCCAUGUCAAAUCCCUCUUCAUCUUCGACACUCCCAUCUAUCAACCAUCCCCAACCGUCCCUCGCUGUCCAUGGACGUUCUCACCUCAAUCCAAAUCCUCAGAUCAGGGCGAACUCAUCCGGGAGCAAUCUCUUACAUGGCAGGACAUCAAGUUUCGGAGCACACAGUCCUGGCAGUCCUAGUGCUGUCUAUGGAGCGGGUUCAGGUGGUCUCACAAGGUCCGAUUCCCAGAUUACAGGCGGAUUAUCCAUGACUGGAAAGGGGGUCGGAAUGCCUUAUAAGAUUGGAUUUCAGCCGGCAGGAGUAAGAUAUGACAGGACCGAAGAGUAUUUCACGGAACGCAAGACUCUAUGUGAAGAGAGAGAGAAGGAUGAAGGCAGGUUAGGUCGGCGAUGGGUCAAGCUUGUCGAUUUACAUUUCAAUCCGACCACUGCUCCCCCGGAGAUGGCUCCGGGGACUGCUCCGACGCUGCCGCGGUCCGGGUCAUCCACGUUCUCCUUGUCUUCAGUAUCCGACAAGAGGCGCUCUUUGAUGUCUAUCGAUGGAGCUCUGGACGCGCUGAGAGGUCCCAAAGAGGUUUGGAAGGGCGUCAAGAACAAUCUCGAUCCGAGGGGUGGUCCCGCAGCGGAAGAUAUCCGCAAGCGAGCCGCCGAGCAGACUAUUGUCAAGUGGCAGGACGAUGCAGAGGCUAAGAAAUGCUUCAUUUGCCUGUCGUCAUUCUCUCUGUCUAAUCGCAAGCAUCAUUGUCGACUGUGUGGCCGUGUCGUUUGUUCCCUUCAACCGACUCCGCCCGCCCUUUUAGCAGUCCAGUCCCAACUAUCUGGUCAGCCAGCUACGCUCACGUCGCCCAUUCCAUCAUUACCACCCGGCAUGCGGAAGGAGAAGUGUUCCUUAUUAUUAGUCGCCGACUGGAAGACUGGUCGGGGUGAAGAGGUGGAUGAGGGCUUUGUAGGGUGGAUGAAGAUCAAGGACAAGGAAUCGAGUCAGAACGGGAGUCCAGUAUCUGAGAGGCGAGGCAGCAUCAACUCCAUUCGCACCGCGUCUUCAAGUUCGACAUCACCGAGAAAAUUCAAUGGAAACGGUGGACCUGUCCCGCAACAGCCAAAAGAAGUACAGAUAAAGGGUGUGAGAGUCUGCCGAGAGUGCUGGGGCACCGUCUCGCGCAAGCAACGUAUAGCCGAUCGUGAACGCGUUUCUGGAUUUUCCCGAGUCUACAAAGCCCUGAGGAGCUUGCAAUCGGACAUUGAGGAUCUCAUUCCAGAUUUUGAGGAGCACAUGGGGAUUUUGUCUUCUGGAGACGAGUCUGCAGAGCCGGGCAAACAAGUGAUCAAACUUCACAAGCAGCUUCUCGACCUCCUGGCUCAGUACGAACACUUGUCCAAGCGACUGUCUGGUGCUCCAAGUGAAGAAGGUUCCUCACAGUCAACUGUUCAGUCAGCGAUCGCGAGGAGUUCGGCAACUUUUCUGGCUAUGCAAAUGGUAAAACUGCAGGCCUUGCCACGAUAUCAAAAGCGGAUCGCGGAGCGAAAACGACAAGACCUCAAUGCUGCAAUUGUACAGACUACUUUGACAGACUUGAACGGGAAUGGGCAGCCGAACGGGGUCAAUGAUCCCGCUCUGAUGCUUCAACCACUGUUGGAGCAAGAAGCUCAACUAGAGGUCAUGAUUGCCGAUGCUCAUGCUCAACGCAAGUAUGAAGAUGGAAAAGCGCUGUCUCAGGCCUUGACAGAUAUCAAAGCGGAAAUCACGAGGAUAACCCUCAGCGCCAUAUAGUGUGUGUGUGUUUGAACGGAAUCGAAGAUCCAAUCUUUGGGCUUUAUAGGUUAGGUUGUAUUGUAUUGAGUCAUUGAUCAAGAAUGUAAUGGUUCUGCUUUGGUGAUGAAAAC